AGAAUUAAAAAAUAAUAAUGAGGGGGUUGCAGCAAGAUCACGAAGGCCUUCCAUUUCAGAGCAGCUGUUGGCAUUUCUGAGCUCUGAAAAUACAGAAACGCAGCUGUUUUAGCGUUCAAGAAAGAAGUUGGGUUUUGCUGCCCUCCAAUGGCUGUCUUCUCUUAUUCGGCUGGAGGCAAGCAUUGAGUGCGUUCUGGUUUUUACUUAUUGAGGAAACAUGAAAUUUGAAUUGAAGAAGAGAUGGAGAUCCGUUGCCCCCCUUCAAUUGAAGAACAAAUCCGCGGGGCGUUUUUGUUUAUUUCCCAAAUCAAAAUCGGAUAGCGCUGAAUCAGGAAAAGCACCAGUUUAUCUCAAUGUAUAUGAUCUGACUCCCAUGAAUGGCUAUGUCUAUUGGGCUGGCUUUGGAAUUUUUCACUCUGGUGUUGAAGUUCAUGGUGUGGAAUAUGCAUUCGGAGCACAUGACUAUCCUACGAGUGGUGUUUUUGAGGUUGAACCUCGCCAAUGCCCAGGGUUCAAGUUCAGAAGGUCGAUAUUGAUCGGGACAACAGGCUUGGACCCUACUCAGGUUCGAGAGUUUAUGGAGCGCCAUUCUUUGAGCUACAACGGGGAUACAUAUCACCUGAUUGUCAAGAACUGCAACCAUUUCUGCAGGGAUAUUUGUCGCAGGCUCACCGGAAAAUCAAUUCCUAAAUGGGUGAACCGACUGGCAAGAAUUGUAUGCAACUGCAUACUUCCGGAAUCUCUGAAGAUUUCCGAUGUACAACACGACCCUAACUGCCAACCGUACGACAGCGACAAGAGGAGCUUGAGAAGCGCCUUCAGCUGCGUGUCGUCUAUCUCAAUGCGGCAGAAGCAGUUAUCUUCAUCUUCGUUAUUUCUACAGUCGCCCCUGAAAGGUUGCUUGCCGCCAUGGGAACUGCGAAGAUCGUUGAAUGGUUCGUUGAAAGAAAGGUGAGAAACUGUUCGGAAGACUCGCUCUUUACGCCCGCAAUUGUAAUUUGAAUGUAUCUAGUAUGAUGACGUAGCAAUUAGGGGGAAAAGUCUUCUCAGAAUCGAUACCAAGAGUGAGUCUGAAUUUCCCUCCGUCGCAGAGUGUGUUCUCCCAGGUUUGUGGACUGAUGCUUGUGAUCGUUGUAACUAUUAGUUUCCAACAAAUUCAUGAAGGUAUUGCUAUAUCAGUUCUAAUCUUUCAAAUUU